AAUGUUGCGAGCUUUUCUUAUGGAGCACAUCACAAAGCAUACUGAGAAUGCACUCGAAGCACUGCUUGCCACCCUGGAAAAUAAUUUGCCUCAGGAAAAUGGGUAUGUUGUGGAAUUGGCUGUCAAAGCUGGUAACUGGUCGACUGCUCUUCAAUUGCUUAAGAGCAAAUUUCUAAUGACGGUGCCCAAGAGCACGUUUUUAAAAACAAUGAUUAAACAGGUGCAAUUGAAACCACUGAUCAAUGACCUGCAGCGGCACGAUUACCAGGAAUGUUUGCUGCAAUGGCUUAAAUAUCGGCGGCAGUAUAUCAAUGACUUCGAUAAUGAGCUCAAAACGCCUCUGCAUUAUGCGGUGCUCUGCCACAAUGAGAUUGCCAUAAGAGUGCUCUUAAGGGAGGGCGCCAGAUUGGGAGUGCGCAAUGACAACAAUCGCUUUGUGAUCGAGGAUAUGGAUGCCAAGCUUCUGGAGGAGCAUUUCGAUUACUGCAUCACUGGGCGAGGCGGGAAGACCAGUCAUGAGGGUUACGAGAUCAUAAUGAACUUUCUGAAUAUGACCAACGAGAACAACGAACUCGAUAUUGCUCCCAUUGCCUGCAUGGCCCGGUCGAAUGAGCUGUAUACACUGCUGGAGCAUCCGUUGAUCACCUGCUUCCUGCAGCUGAAGUGGAAUCGACUUAAUACCAUCUUUAUCACCACCCACUUAAUAAUCAAUAUCAUCUUAAGUUUGAUCUUGUGGAUCCAUAUUUGCUUGCGUUUCCCUAAACGUCACAACAACGAGCUUCCUAUCUGGAUUGUUAAGAGUCUGUUCCAAGUGCUGAUUGGCUAUCUUCUCAUUGUGGAACUCUUUUGUUUUGCGAUAGCCAAACAUUGGGGCAGAUUAAUCAAUUUUAUUCUGAUUUUUAUGCUCAUCCUCACAAACAUCGAGUGUGGAGAUGACAACCAAAGGAUUAUUACCGUCUUCGCCAUCUUGCUGAUGUCCACCAAGCUGAUUGAUGUUAUUAGUGCCCUACCUGUGCGUGCCAUAUCGACCCACAUGCUUAUGCUGCGCCAGGUGGCUAGUACUUUUGCAAAGAGCUUGUUGCAGUACUCCAUGCUGUUGUUCAGCUUCAGCUUGUGCUUCUAUGUACUGUUUUCCAAACCGAGCCCUACGGAUUCAGCGAAUUCUACGGAUUCAGCCAAUACUAUGGAUUCAGCGAACUUAACUGGUUCAGCGAACUCAACAGUUAAAGAUUUCAGUCUCUCCUUUGCGAAACUCCGUUUAUCGUUACUGAAGACAAUUGUUAUGUUCAACGGUGAAUAUGAUAAUAUCGACGCUAAUGGAUAUUUCAGUAUUUUUGUGGUGAUCAUAUUCAUGUUUAUGGUCAUGGUCCUGACCAAUUUACUGGGCGGCCUGGCUGUCGGCGAUACGCAGACUAUUCGGGAUCAAGUGGAAAUCAAUGCUGCCAUUUGUCGAGCAAAUGUGUUGUACAAUUAUGAAGAACUCUUGGACUGGAGUUCGCCUCGAAUGGAACGUGUGAUUCGCUUCGUUAAGAAACUAAUGAGAAUCCAUGCAGAUACCUAUAGCUAUAUAUCCAUAUUUCCAAAACAAAAGAAUCGGGCGAAGGUGUACAGUCAGAGGCAUAGAAAUCAGAGUAUUGAAUGUAUUGCGAAUGAAGGAGAUAAUGUCCUCGGAAGUCAAGUAUUUAUGGAAUCUGAAAUGCAUGAGACGGAGGAUUUGAAUCAAUUUAAUAUAACAAUUGAAAAUCAGACUGUUGCCCGAGCUCUUAAAAUUAUUAAAGAAAAGGAAAAAAAAGAUCUCAAUGAACAACGACAGAAGGAUAUCAGGAUGCUGUUGAUGGAGAUCAAAAACCAAAACUUAAAGAAACCAGCCAAUCAUUAA